UUUUUUUUUUUAAAAAAAAAAAAACAAAUUUCAUCCCCAUUUCCUGCUUCUACAACGAACCAAUCUAUCUUGCAUAACUCGUUUCCAUCAUGAAUCCAUAUGAUAGCCAUCACUCAGAAAAGAAACCUACACAUGAUUCAGUGACGCAGGAGAUCGCAUCACUAUUCCCGUCCCUUAACUCUUCCUCGAUCUUGUCCAAUUCCUUUGGUUACGCAGAUAUUGAACCUUUUUCGUUGGAUAUUCCUUCGGAUGAAAGAGAGAUCCGAGACAACAACGAUAAAUAUUCAUUUCCCUUACCUACACAACAUGACCCGUCAAGGAUCAUUGUACCACCUAUUGCUAUUGAUGAAGGAUCCAGCUCAAGCGUGAGUCGUAAAGCAUCCUCGCCUUCGUCAGAUCCUUCGCGCCCGCCUCGCGAACGUCGUGCACGCAAAGCACCCCAUGAACUAUUGACCGAAGCCGAGAAAAAAGCCAAUCACAUUGCAUCGGAACAGAAGCGACGGCAAAACAUUCGUCUUGGAUUUGAUCAAUUGAUCGAAAUUGUGCCGUCACUCAAUCAAGGCAACCGAAGCGAAGCACUCAUUCUCCAAAAAUCCGUCGACCAUAUUCGGCACCUGAUAUCUGUCAAAAAUGAUCUCAAAGCCCAAGUACGCGAUCUUCAGACAUUGCUAGGUGAUUCGUAAGUAUUCCCUUGCCUUUUUUUUUUUUCUAGGCCGUCAUUUCUGAUCGUUGACUCUAAC